GUGCGCGCGAGCGAGCUGCGCUGCGGUCUCCUCCCAGCUCGGUGAGAAAGCUGAAUUAAAAUUUUGCUACGUCAAAUGAAUGGAAAACAGUUGUGCUCCGUUCGUUGCUCAAAGAAGUAGGUGGUUAGUAGUGGCUGAUCGCAGCAUAUAGAGUUCGACGCGUAUUCGAUAAUCGACCGUUUUUUUUUGGUUUGUGGUGUUUCUAUCUACCACCUUGCUGCUAUUGGUGAUUGGCAGCUGGUCGUGAGAUUUUUUUGUGGAGAAGAAUUGGCUGCUCCAGGAUAUGGUCGACUUGGAGCAAUUGGUGAAACUGUGAUUACGAAAUAUCUCUCAGGAGCUGAAAGUGCUUAGAAGUUUUUGUUACAAAGCAAAAUAGUUGUUUAAGUGAGUGAUCGGUAAUUGAAAUCAAAAGUGAUCCGAGUACGAGUUUAGUUGCACCCAAAGAGGAUGUGGAUUCGGAGCGAGCAGUAAUAAUCAAAGGCCAGAGAAGAAGAAUCCAGUAUAAGCGCAAACAAAACCUCCAACGAGAGUACAGUGAAGUGUGGUGCAUAUAUUUUCGUCCAGUAUUUCAAUUCUAGCGGCGCAUGUUGACGCCAUCGACGACAGUAUAUCGAUAGAAUGCUAAUACGUAUUGAGUGAUUCGGAGCUUCAAUGUGGUUGUAGGAAUGCUAAAUCCGUUUGCAUUGUACGUAAAGUGAACGAGAUCUUCGAUCGAGGGUGAUCUUCGCGCGUUGACGUCACAGUCGCUCUCCAGGCCACUACAGCGCACCGGAGGUAGGCGUUGAAGACUGGAGUCCUGUUCGGCAGUUAGUGUCUACGUAAUCGCGCUUGAGAGGCAGCAAAAACAUGAUCAUUGAUCAUCAUUGAUCGCAUCGCUAGCAGCAAGUGGAGCCAACGCUCGGAGAGGAAGCUACACGCGCGUUUCGAUCGAUCGUCGUCAUCAUCAGAUUCUCCCACCACCAACCCUCGGCAAGUCUCGCGCUUAGUCAGAGAAGCCGAUCUACCCCUUCACCGCCUGAUCAACAAGAGGCGAAUUCCGUUUCGUCACGCAAGGGUUCGCCGCGAGAGCUCUCGGAUAUCUCUGCUUGUGGUUUCAGCUCACCACCCCGUAGAUCAGUUCACCUGCGGCUGAACAGGCAGGUUCAACGGCUCCGGAUCUUGUGAAUUGCGGUGGUGGGCGAUCGCGACGACGUUUUGGAGUGUUGAAGAGCGAGGAGGAGGUCGUGUGCAGUUUGGUCCGAGUCUUUCUUCUUCUGGUGGGACCCUCCUCGAAAACCGAAAACCGGUUGACUCGUCUCUGACGACGAUCGACGACGGGUUGACCUCUUCUUCGUCUCGUCGUCUUCGUUGCCUUCGCCAAAGCUCAUCAGCUAGGCUAGCACGGGGACCGAACUGGUUGGUUCAUUCAGCCAAGAUAGGAUACAGAGGCUGCCCCAAGGUGGUGGUAACCAGACGGUGAAUGGGUCAUUUGCGAAGCGGAUCUUGUGGUGCGCUACGAUAAAUAUUACACCGACACGAACGACGACGACCGGAGAAAACUGCGAGCGACUGAUAGUUCCUAUAUUAAACGACACGGAGAGCAGUUUUGUUAUUCAUUUUUUCAAAGGAGAAGGAUUUUGUAUUUAUUAGCACACGAACGAAAGACAGAGAAAGAUGCUCAUCACCAGCAACUAUAGUCAAAAGCAAUACCUGGACUCACUAUGCGUAACGGAAGCCGAAGACUCCAGCUACGACAGCGAUUGCGACGGCGAUGACCUCUCACACGAGCAGGUGUCCCGAACGACCAGUGACACCCUUGGUCAGGAAUUCGCCGAAUACGUCAGUCAUGGGGGAGACUCCUCCCAUCAGCAACAACAGUUGGACCGCUCACCGGGCUAUACGCAACGGGUAGAAUUCGCCCUCAAAUUGGGCUACACGGAACGGCUCGUCCAGGCUGCUCUUCAGCGACUUGGUCCCAAUCCGGCCCAGAAUGAGUUGCUGGCGGAGUUGAUCAAGCUGGGUUCACAACCUGGGGCCAAGGGAGCUGGGGAGUUCAGUGUAGAUGGUGGUCUCAGCGAUCCGUUGAUGGCCGCUUCGUCCGAGUACGGAGCGGCCGUACCCAUCGGAACGGGGAGCGGGUUAGUGGGGAUGCUGGGCGGAAGCGUCAGUAGUGGUAGUGCCAGUGGUGGUGGAGGUGGUAUCAGUGCCAGUGAAGAAUCUCUUCGUCCAAUAGUGAUAGAUGGUAGCAACGUGGCCAUGAGUCACGGCAACAAGGAAGUGUUCUCGUGCCGGGGUAUCCGGCUGUGUGUGGACUGGUUUAAGAAUCGGGGGCACAAAGAUAUUACGGUGUUUGUGCCAAAGUGGCGAAAGGAAAGUGCCAGACCGGACAAUCCGGUCAAAGACGGUGAAAUACUGAACGAGCUGGAGAAGGAGCGGAUGCUGGUGUUUACCCCUUCGCGUUUGGUUGGUGGCAAACGGAUGGUGUGCUACGACGAUAGGUAUAUUCUAAAGCUCGCUGCCGAGAACGACGGUAUCGUGGUAUCGAACGAUAACUAUCGUGAUCUGGUGCAGGAGAGUUCCGAGUUCAAGAAGGUGGUCGAAGAACGGGUGCUGAUGUACUCGUUCGUGAACGAUCGCUUCAUGCCACCGGACGAUCCGCUCGGCCGGUCCGGGCCCACGUUGGACAACUUCCUGCGGGUGCAGCCCCGCAAGGGCGAUCCCCCGCCACCCUGCCCGUACGGGAAGAAGUGCACCUAUGGGAACAAAUGCAAGUUCUACCAUCCGGAGCGGGGCAGUAUGCCACACAAGUCGGUGACGGAACGGUUGUCGGAGUAUGCCGCGCGUCAUCUGCAGGCACGGAGUGAAGGCGGAGCGGUAGGGAGUGGCCGAACGGUGGUACAAGGGAAGUCACUCAGUGUACCCUUGUCCAACAGUAGCAGUGAAACUAGUCCAAUCAAUGAUAAACGGAAAGCAUUAUGUCGCACAAGAUCUAACGUUCCUCCAGACACCGGCAGUUCCAGCACGAGUGCCAGCAUAUAUGGGGUGAAUCCAGGCGAUCAAUUGCAGCAACAACAACAUCUGCACCUUCAGCAACACCCAUUCAUGCCAACGCCCAACCGAUCCAACUGGGACAUUUCGCCUCUCUCGCUGCCUCCGCACAACUUAGUCGAUUCGCAAAUCUUCCCCAAAUCUCAUAGUAUAGAAAAUAUAUCUAAGGAGACGUACAAUCAGCUCCACCAUUCGAAUAGUUACAGUGCAUCACUGUGGAAUCGACAGCAGCAGCAACAACAACAGCAGCAAGCACAACAAUCCCAGCAGCAACAACAACAACAACCAGUAGAUCCAUGUGAUCGUAGCGUAGUAGAUCCUAGUGUUAAUCUACACCGUAAGCUGCAGCGCCAGUUGACGCUCAAUCCGGCCGGGUGUGACCCUCGAAUCUAUCAGAUGCAGCGCAAUGUGGCCGCUAUUGGUCAACAGCAGCAGCAACAACAACAGCAAGGACAGCAGCAACUGUCCCCUCACAGACCGUUGGCCCCGUCGUUGAGUGGGGGAGCUCGUCCGAACCCGGCCGCCCAGUGGGAUCUGCAUCAGAAUGUCACCCGCAUCGCUUCGGCUCCGGAUCCAUCUCGACCGUGGCACACGGGACCACCGCCGGCAUCGUCCUCUGAACCGCACAUAAACCUGUGGCCACCGCCAGCUCAGCAGCAGAUUCCCGGCAAUGCCGGUUCCGGUGUAAUUGGUCCACCCCAGCAGCCGCCACCACAGACAUCGCAAGCCGCCGCCGCCGCCCAUCAACAGCUGCAGCAGGACCAGAGGCGUCGGCUACACUACCAUCUGGCCAGUAUCUUCCCGGAGGAACAGGUCCAAACCGUACUGCAGAUGUAUCCGGACGAAACGAACCCGCAGAAGAUCUGCGCCGCCAUACUGGCCAUGUUCCCGAAGAUGUAAACUGCAUCCCAGUAAGUCCACGAUUCGACCGUUAAUAUUUGUUACCUCGUUAGGUAUUGCGAGACUUAAGAAUCCUUAUGAACGCCGUAGACGUUUUCGAGGUCGUGUUUUCCCCAAGGGGGGAAUGGACACGAUCCAUUGGAUAUGAGAAUGUUUGGCAUUAAAGUGACAUAAUCAUAAUUUGAGUCGAGCCCGUUUAUAUUCUACCUUUGUUAUAUCAAACAAAUUCUAUGUCAACCGGAUUGAUCCCAGCGGAAACGGUUUUAAACCGUUUCCUUUGAACUUUCCUGUUAUUGUGCCUUGUUCGAAAAGGGCACGAACAAUGUCUGUACUUUAAAAAGAAAUACUCAGCCAGUGUUGUCUGAAAAAAAAAAACAGAUAAAAUCUAAAACAGAACUCUAAUAGGUGCCAAAAGAAAUCCUCCUAGAUCACCUAGAGUAUCAAAUGACGGAUGAAAAGCAUCACACUUAAUCUGUCGCUUCCAGUCGUUAAGAGAAUUCCAAUUUUAUAGAGAAAAAAAUGCAAGCUUAUUACUAAUCGUCAGCAAAUCUAAUCUCAAAUCUUUAACUCUAGCACACUUUUUCUCUAUAUAAAAAUAGCAUUUUUCUUUUUAUGAACUAUUUACCAUUUUAUCUAGUUAUAUAAUUCUUAAUCCCCUUUUAAAACCCAGAUGCACAUACUAUUAUCGACUAUUUAAUCGUUAAUUGUUAGUUAUGUUUUUCUUUUUCGUUGACAUUAUUAGUGAACCGAGCAAAUCUUAAGACAUCUUUCCUCUCAUUUCCGUCUUCGAGGCUUGCUACCGACCUAUCAAAUUCUACAUGUUAAUCCUGUGUGUUUGCUUAAUGGAUUUUAUCUACAUAUAUUUAAAACAGAACAAUCUAAACUAGAGCGACAUUCAAACGAAACGACACAAUUAGGUUUUCGAAAAUUCUAAAGAAAAAAAGAAACAAUCUGCCAGUAGAUGGAGCCGGUUACGGGCCAAUGGGUAAGGUUACUGUUUAUCUUUUCCUCGGCAUCAUUGGCCAAAGACCCCAACCAACUCCGGAAACAAUUCCGUGUAACUUCAUAUUGAAGCACUUUUGUUGCGUGCAGACUCGUGAUAAACAUAUGUACUACUUACCGAUGUACUCUGUACCUCCAUACACAUAUUACUAGUACUACUACUACUAAAAGCUACGAUAUAUGACCGUUUUCCUCCAAUAUUAUGUUCGAUGGUUCGGUAUUUAGUGUUUUGUGUAUGUCCAACAACAGCAAUCGUCAUUAUCAACAUCAUCAGUAUUGUUCUCGUUGUCUUUAGACGACCAACGGGUUUUACGUAACUCGAAAAGCGAGCCUGCGAGUUUUAAACAUUCCCACUGAAGCUCGCUUUCAUCAGCUUCUUGGGGAUCAGUAUAGAUCUAUUUUGUUAGAUGGUAGGGAAAAAGAGGCAUUUUAACACCGAAAUGAACUUAUAGCUACAUAGACUUACAAGCAGCUCGGACAACUGUUUCUUCCUUUCUUCCGGAAACGAUCGUUAACAGCCAAGAGUUAUACACAGAAACACAUACAUAGAAUACCUAAGAUAUGGGAACCUACACUAAACGCUAUACCAGUGUUAUUAAAACAACCGACAGUACUACAACUACCAUUACUUGCUACUAGCAUACUUGCUACCAUUUUAACCUGGACGAUUUGGAUUUUUAAACAUUAGAUAACAUAAAAAUCCUUACCACUCACACACAACAGUACCACUUAAAGAUAAAGCAGAAGAGCGUACUGAAAGAUCCAAGAACGAUGUGGAUUUUUGGAGAGAAAAAAAUCUGAUAAAGGUUUACAUACCAAUAGAAGAACAACCACAAACAACCACAAAAGAACCAGAUAGCCAUCGCAUCAUCACAGUAAUGAAAACUGCAGAAGAAAUGAAAAAAAAAGUUAGGCAGAUAUCUUGUUACAGCAAGCAAACUUAAAACAUGCUAAAAUAUCGAUACAAUACUUACCUAAACAUAAAAAAACAACAUCAACAGAGACCAUAUGAGGAAGAAGGAAAGAUGAGUUUAAAAAAAAUAUACAAGGUACAUAUUUGAACUUUA